AUGACAGGCCAUCCCUCUGAGACGCCGCCCUCUACCCAGAUGCUCCGUCAAAAUGGGCGUAUCAUAAGGUAUGUCAAGGGUGACAAAUUAUUCCUCUACGAAAACUACAAGCUUGAGCUUCCAAGGCAAGACAAGAGAACAGAGGAGAUCGACAUUGUCAACGACUUCUGCGAGAACAACUUUCCAGCCACCGAGUCUUCAACCGCAGAACUUCUGCGCUUCUCCCACUCUCCUUCGACAAUCGAGUUUCUUCAAACCGUGUUGGGAGAGCUUGGCAGGAAGCUGUGUGAGGCUAUGACCGCUACUAGUGAACUACGAGAGGCCAUAGAGACCCUAGAUGGAGCAAUUUGUUCCAUCGCACCCUAUGACUAUGCUAUGUUCAUGGUAGGCCAGGAGGUGCCACCCGAGGACGAGGACUGGCACGGCAUCUGCCGUGAAGCGAGAGAACAGGCUCACGAAUAG